AUGCCUAUGAACAGAAAACGUAUAUACAAUUUUGCAGCACAUGAUGAUACAGAGAGAAGAGAGAAGGUGCAAGUUGAAUUCUAUAUGAAUGAAAAUACAUUUAAAGAGAGACUAAAGCUCUUCUUCAUCAAAAACCAAAGAUCAAGUCUGAGAAUACGAUUGUUCAAUUUUUCUCUCAAGCUACUAAGCUGUUUCUUAUACAUAGUUCGUGUGCUCCUGGAUGAUCCUACACAAGGACUUGGAUGGUCUCCAAUUAUUUGGGUGAAUCGAAGCUUGCCUUUAUGGGGAUUACAGGUUUCUGUGGCUGUAAUAAGUCUCUUUGAAACUCUGCUGCUAAGUUAUCUAAGCUACAAGGGAAAUAUCUGGGAACAAAUUCUGAGAAUACCUUUUCUCUUGGAAGUAAUUAAUGCUGUUCCUUUCAUCAUCACGAUUUUCUGGCCAGUCCUAAGAAACCUGUUUAUUCCUGUAUUUUUAAAUUGUUGGCUGGCAAAGCAUGCUUUAGAGAAUAUGAUUAAUGAUCUUCAUAGAGCCAUCCAACGCACACAGUCUGCAAUGUUUAACCAAGUCCUCAUUUUAAUAUCUACCUUACUAUGUCUUAUCUUCACCUGUAUUUGUGGAAUUCAGCAUCUGGAACGAGCAGGAAACAGGUUGACUCUCUUUGACUCCCUUUAUUUCUGCAUAGUGACAUUUUCCACUGUGGGCUUUGGGGAUGUUACACCCAAGAUAUGGCCUUCAAAGCUGCUUGUUGUCAUUAUGAUCUGUGUUGCUCUUGUGGUGUUGCCCAUACAGUUUGAACAGCUGGCAUAUUUGUGGAUGGAGAGACAAAAGUCCGGUGGUAACUACAGUAGACAUAGAGCUCAGACAGAAAAACAUGUUGUGCUGUGUGUUAGCUCUCUGAAGAUUGACUUACUUAUGGAUUUCUUAAAUGAAUUCUAUGCUCACCCCAGAUUGCAGGACUAUUAUGUCGUUAUUUUGUGUCCUACUGAGAUGGAUGCUCAGGUCCGAAGGGUGUUACAAAUCCCAAUGUGGUCCCAAAGAGUUAUCUAUCUGCAAGGCUCAGCACUAAAAGACCAGGACCUGUUGAGAGCUAAAAUGGAUGAUGCUGAAGCUUGUUUCAUUCUGAGUAGCCGCUGUGAAGUGGACCGGACAGCAGCUGAUCAUCAAACUAUUUUAAGAGCAUGGGCAGUUAAAGACUUUGCUCCAAAUUGUCCUUUAUACGUCCAAAUACUGAAACCUGAGAAUAAAUUCCACAUCAAGUUUGCAGAUCAUGUUGUGUGUGAAGAGGAAUUCAAGUAUGCUAUGCUAGCUCUAAACUGUAUAUGCCCAGCUACCUCUACAUUAAUCACACUGCUGGUUCAUACAUCUAGGGGACAGGAGAGUCAGCAAUCACCAGAACAAUGGCAGAAAAUGUAUGGCAGAUGUUCUGGUAAUGAAGUGUAUCAUAUUAACCUGGAAGAAAGUACUUUUUUUGCUGAGUAUGAGGGGAAAAGCUUCACAUACGCUUCUUUCCAUGCACAUAAAAAGUUUGGAGUCUGUCUGAUUGGUGUUAGAAAGGAAGAUAACAAAAACAUUUUGCUGAAUCCAGGUCCUCGAUAUAUCAUGAGUUCUACAGAUAUAUGUUUUUAUAUAAAUAUCACCAAAGAAGAGAAUUCUGCUUUCAAGAAGCAAGAAAAGCAUAGAAAAAAACAUGAAUCAAAAUUAUCUUAUCAUGGAGCUUCUAGGUUACCUGUACACAGUAUAAUAGCCAGCAUGGGGACAGUGGCUAUCGAUCUGCAAGACACAGGAUGCUGCCCACCCAGCGCGCCCACGCUGGCUCUUCCCUCCGAGGGAGGCAAAGAGGGCAGGCGGCCCAGCAUAGCACCUGUUUUGGAGGUUGCAGACUCGUCCUCACUUCAGACCUGUGACCUGCUAAGUGACCAGUCUGAAGAUGAAACCAUCCUAUCAGAUGAUGAAGUCUCUGCAGGCUUAGAGUAUGCGAAAGGCUAUCCUCCUUACUCUCCAUAUAUCGGAAGCUCUCCCACAUUUUGUCAUCUUCUGCAUGAAAAAGUACCCUUCUGUUGUCUAAGACUAGAUAAGGGAUGCCAACAUAACUACUACGAGGAUGCCAAAGCCUAUGGAUUUAAAAAUAAAUUGAUUAUAGUUGCAGCGGAAACUGCUGGAAACGGUUUAUAUAACUUUAUUGUUCCACUCAGAGCUUAUUACCGACCAAAGAAAGAACUAAACCCCAUUGUAUUACUCCUGGAUAACCCGCCAGAUAUGCAUUUUCUGGAUGCAAUCUGUUGGUUUCCAAUGGUUUACUACAUGGUGGGCUCUAUCGACAACCUAGAUGACUUAUUAAGAUGUGGGGUCACCUUUGCAGCUAAUAUGGUGGUGGUGGACAAAGAAAGUACAAUGAGUGCUGAGGAAGACUACAUGGCAGAUGCUAAGACUAUUGUAAAUGUUCAGACACUCUUUAGGUUGUUCUCAAGCCUAAGCAUUAUCACAGAACUAACUCACCCAGCCAAUAUGAGAUUCAUGCAGUUCAGAGCCAAAGACUGCUAUUCUCUUGCUCUAUCCAAAUUAGAAAAGAAAGAGCGGGAGAAAGGAUCUAAUCUGGCAUUUAUGUUUCGACUGCCUUUUGCUGCUGGCAGGGUUUUCAGCAUCAGUAUGUUGGACACACUGCUCUACCAGUCAUUUGUGAAGGAUUAUAUGAUUUCUAUCACAAGACUUCUGCUGGGACUUGAUACCACACCAGGAUCUGGGUUUCUUUGUUCUAUGAAAAUCACAGAAGAGGAUCUAUGGAUUAGAACAUAUGCCAGACUAUAUCAGAAACUUUGUUCUUCUACAGGAGACAUUCCAAUUGGAGUUUACAGGACAGAAUCCCAAAAACUUACAACAUCUGAGUCUCAAAUCUCUAUCAGUGUGGAAGAAUGGGAAGACACUAAAGAUACCAAAGAACAGAUUAGUUAUCGUAGUAAUCAUCGUAACUCAACAUCUAGUGAUCAGUCAGAUCAUCCCUUGUUACGAAGAAAAAGCAUGCAGUGGGCUCGGCGGCUGAGCAGAAGAGUACCAAGACACUCUGGUAAAACAGCUGAGAAGAUAAACCAGCAGCGAAUGAACCUUUACAGGAGGUCAGAGAGACAGGAGCUUGCUGAACUUGUGAAAAACAGAAUGAAGCAUCUGGGCCUUUCUCCAGCAGGAUAUGAUGAAAUGAAUGAUCACCAGAACACCCUUUCUUACAUCCUGAUCAAUCCUUCUCCAGAUACAAGAUUAGAGCUGAAUGAUAUAGUAUACUUGAUCCGGCCUGAUCCAUUGGCUUAUGUUCCAAAUACUGCCUCCAGCAGAAAAGACAGCUUCUGUAAUACAGUGGGACAAGACACCAGGGAGGAAACACAGCUCUGA